GAGUACAUCACCUGCUCCCUUCUCUGCUUUUCUGUUCCUAUUCCACUGCACCACGAAGCCAAUGGCGACCCGAGCUCUGCUCAUGCUGCGGGAGGCCUCGCCGUGGGCCCUGGCUGGCGCGGCGGCGGCCGCGGCGAUGCUGUGGCUGGCGGCCUGGACGCUGGAAUGGGCAUGGUGGACGCCGCGGCGGCUGGACCGGGCCCUGCGGGCCCAGGGCCUCAAGGGCACCAGGUACCGCCUCUUCACCGGCGACCUGAGGGAAAACGCUCGGAUCAACCGGGAGGCUCGCACGAAGCCGCUACCGCUCGGCUGCCACGACAUCGCCCCCCGCGUGCAGCCCAUGCUCCACAACUCCAUGAAGGAAUACGGGAAAAUGUCAUUCACUUGGUUUGGUCCGACGCCAAGGGUGAUGGUUUCAGACCCGGAAUUAGUGAGGGAGAUUUUGUCUAACAAGUUUGGCCACUUUGGUAAACCAAAGAGUAGCCGUAUCGGAAAGUUGCUAGCCAAUGGGGUUGUAAGUCAUGAAGGCGAGAAAUGGGCAAAGCAUAGGAGGAUUCUCAAUCCUGCCUUCCAUCUUGAGAAGAUAAAGCGGAUGCUGCCAGUAUUUUCUACCUGUUCUGUCGAAAUGAUUACUAGAUGGGAGAAUUCGAUGCUUUCUGAGGGAUCUUCUGAGAUAGACGUCUGGCCUGAGUUCCAGAAUCUUACUGGAGAUGUUAUCUCAAGAACCGCGUUUGGUAGCAGCUAUCAGGAGGGGAUGAAAAUUUUCCAGCUGCAAGGAGAACUAGCUGAACGUUUUAUACAAUCUGUCCAAACAAUAUUUAUCCCAGGAUAUUGGUUCUUGCCCACCAAAAAUAACAGAAGGAUGAGAGAAAUUGAUCGAGAGAUCCGCAAAAUUCUGCAUGGAAUAAUUGGCAAAAGAGAGAAGGCUAUUAAAAAUGGCGAAAGAAGUACUAACAAUGAUCUGCUGGGCUUAUUACUGGAGUCAAACAUGAGGCAAUCAAAUGGGAAUGCGAAUCUAGGAAUGGCAACAGAAGAUGUGAUUGAGGAAUGCAAGUUAUUUUACUUCGCAGGUAUGGAGACAACAUCUGUCAUGCUUACUUGGACGUUCAUCGUGCUAAGCAUGCACCCAGAGUGGCAAGAGCGGGCAAGAGAAGAAGUGUUGAGCCACUUUGGAAGAGCUAGACCAGAUUUUGAUAGCUUGAGCCGUCUGAAGAUUGUAACCAUGAUUCUAUACGAGGUCCUAAGGCUAUACCCACCGGUGACUUUUAUAACCAGGAGGACAUACAAGGAAAUGGAGCUCGGUGGCAUCAACUAUCCUGCAGGAGUGAACCUUCUGCUGCCCAUGCUCUUCAUUCACCAUGAUCGCAACGUCUGGGGGAAAGACGCAAGCGAGUUCAAUCCGGAGAGGUUCGCGGACGGCAUCUCCAACGCGACCAAGUAUCAGGCCGCCUUCUUUCCAUUCGGCGGGGGUCCCAGGAUCUGCAUCGGCCAGAACUUCGCACUGCUGGAAGCAAAGAUGGCGCUGUGCACCAUCCUCCAGCGCUUCUCCUUUGAGCUCUCGCCGUCCUACACCCACGCGCCUUACACCGUCUUAACCCUGCACCCCCAACACGGUGCUCAGAUCAAGUUGAGGAAGCUCUGAACAUUCUGCUCAUGUUGGCCUGAAACGUAUAUAUACAACAGAAUAGUGAUUUUACAUGUUCUAUGUAGUUUAGAUUUUGAGCUUUGAAAUGAGUAAAGGGAGAUUGUGUACGAACGGAGAAGUUGCACGUUGUGGCCAUCACGUCGCUAAUUAAUUCGUCUACUAAUAAAAAUUCAGUUCAGAUCA